AUGUGUAUUCGCUUUUGCCGUCUUGUGCAGGUGUUUCGACUGCGGGGUUCGCCCAUCGUCAUUUCGGCAGCACAGCUCAAUCAGCGGAAUUUGCUCUCAUCGUUGUCGUCAUCUUCCACAGUCAGUGAGGGUGGUCACCACAUACGGGAAGGGGCCAUGCAUCAGCCCGGGGAAUCUGGACAACAGGCAGGCUCAAGCAGCACGAUUGCCGGGAAGGAGACAUGGUCGCAGUUUAGCGCGAAGAUGCGGCACGGACGUCGUCGUAUUCGAGUUAUUGACGUGGCGGCCAAAAUGUCUUACGAGUACCAGAUUCUGCGAAAGAUGUGUAAGCGCCGGCCAUCGAUGCGUCAAUGGGCCGUGCGUGAUGACUUCUGCGACAUGCAUCCCGGCGUUGUCGUCAUGUCGCCAUCGAUGCAGGCAGCCUUCAUGAAAGUCUUUCGGCUGAAGGAUAAGGGUCUCAUCCGCCAGUGCAUGCGCGACAUCAUUCCAGUCAUUGAGUACCGAAAUCGCGAGGAGCCGGUGCGGCUGCAAGUAAAUGCAGCCGAAAUGAUACCCGAGAACGAGCCGGACACACUGAAUCAGAAGAAGCGGGAAUUGUUUGAGCGUCGUGAAAAGGGAGAGAACUUUGCAGAGCUUCGCUUACACGACAAGCGCUCACAGGCAAAACUUCGGUUUAAAAUACGGCAACGUUUGCUGAAAUUUCAACGGCAGUUAGCGGUGGCAAAUGCGGUGGCGAGCCGCUCUGUCCUAUACUCGGCGGAUGAUGCCAUUGGGUACUUUCUCUUCCGUGGGGCGGCGAUGUACGCGGGGAUGCACCGUGUCUUCUUUGAGCUUAGCAAGCAGCUCCCACACUUUGUUCCCAAGACGAUGUUGGACUUUGGCGCCGGUACCGGCACGGCGACACUUGUCGCGAAGGAGGUCUACGACCCCGGCGCCCUCGCCUACCCGCUGUACCGCUCGCUGCGGCAGACAAUGCAAGGAAAUGAGUCCUCCCGCAUUCACCAACUGGCUGAGUUGCGCUAUGAUUUAAAACGACUUCAGCGUAACAACGCCGAGAAAAAGAAGGUACGUUUCAUGGCUGUGGCAGCCCUGCUGGAGCGGGGCGAGGUGGACCCGGCGGAACUGCCAGAAGAUUUGCGACGAGAAAUUGCCGAGGUGGCGGCGGCAGCGGCAGCAGCCAAAAAAGAGCGCCUCUCGCGGGAGGCUCACGCGCGUCACCGCGACGUUGUGGAUGGGACAGAGUGGGAGAGCGGGGAUCCGCUUAACGUCGAACACGCGAACCUCGAGGACCCAAACGACGUCAUGGAUGGCGAGGGACACGAUGAACUGCAUGAUGGCGGUAGUAUACACAAAAAAACGUGGUGGGAACAAUUUGUUGAUCUGGAAAGCGAGACGGCGCAGCAGCGGGCGGCCAAACGUCUUCGACCUCUGCAGGAGGUGACUGCUGUUGAGCCCAGCCCUGGCAUGAUGGAGAUUGGGACCAUGGUGCUGCAUGACGACGUGCCAAACGUGAUUUGGAAGCGGUAUUUACUUCCGGAAGAUGAAGUGAUCCAGCAUGAUCUCGUGGUGGCCGCCUACUCCCUCAGCGAAAUCGCCACGGUGGAGAAUCGUCGAAGAGUGGUGCAACAACUAUGGAAGAUGACAAAGGGUGUUCUUGUGCUUGUGGAGUUCGCCAACCUCAACAACUUUAACCUUCUCAUGGAAGCACGGGAUUGCCUCCUCGAGGAAAAGGAUGUUGGUCUAUGGGACUGGCAGCCCACCAUAGUUGGCCCCUGUCCACAUGAGAAGCGUUGCCCGUUAAGACACUGCAAGGCAGGAGUGAAGCGAAAACGCAUGCGUGUAUGCAGCACGGAAGCGCAUUAUCGAGCCACUUUUGUUGAGGUGUGGGCACGUCAUAUGCCCUUGAAGGUUGGAGUUGAACCAAUCAGCUAUUUGAUUUUUGCGCGCAAUGAACUUGUUCCUGAGCGAGCGCUUCGUCGGCAGGAGCAGAUGAAGAAGGCAGAAGAGGCGAAACGUCAGGAAAGGGAUGCAAAACAACGGGAGCUCCAUGAAGCGUCACUUGCUGUAAAGGAUGUUGUUUUUGAGCGGCUCAGUGAUGAGGCGCUGCACCGCCCUGAGACGGGCGUGCCAACUCCCCUGCAGCACGCUCUUUCCACGGAUAAUGUGGAGCCGUUGACGCCACUGGCGGAAGCACUGCGGGAUGGGGCGGUGAGCACGGGGGAGGUUGGGCACAUGCCGACAGACGUGCCGCGUCUUGUCAAGACAAGUAACACACGUUACAACCGACUCAUUUUCCCUCUUCAGAUGCCUCCUGCAACCCACAAGUUUAAUCGUGCCUUUGUCGACGCAGGGUAUCAGCGGCAGCGUGCCAUCACACCUGCAGAAAUGCUUGUUGUACGCGCCGAGGUGGAUCGAAUGAGGGAGCGCGUGAUGCGAAUGGCGCCAAAGUACAUGCGUGUGGUGCGUGACCCGCGGUGCCGCGGAAAAGUCCAGGCCGAUUUCUGCACUCCAGAUGGUGAUCUCGUCACCGGUCGUGUGUAUCGGCGCUUUUACGGUGACCGCAACCGCGUGAGUGCCCACAGCACGAUGCGGUGGCAGCAUAUUGGUGGGUGGAAGCUACUCAAGCGGCUCAAGCGGGGAUCACUCUUCCCUCAUGACGUUCCUCUUUAUGCCGUCACGAAGCAUCCGCAGGUGGAAUUCCCCAACACACUGCUUGAUGCGCGUCACUCAAUAGUGGAGCAGACAGCGAUGCAGCACAAUGACCCGUUGUCGCUGGUGGAAACACCAGAUGACCAACUUGAUCGCGAGGAGUUGCGUCUGAAGCGACGGGCGCAGCGAGAUGCAGAGUUGCUGCAAAAAGUGGAGGGGAAGUUGGAGGAACUUUUUGGUGCAAAGGUCAAACAAGACACGGACUUGGGUAACGGUCGCAUUGACUCCCGUCGCGAGAUCACCGAGCAGGAGUGGGCGGACGCCGUGCGCCGCGCCAAAAUUCGAACGGUGCAGCACACGAAGAAUGCGGUGCCGUUUGCAGCGAAGCAGCGAGCAGCACAACGCGCCUUGCAGAUGCGGCGGCGGAACAUAAAACGCGAGAUGGCGUCAAACAGACGAAGGUAG